CAUUUAUGGGGCAUUCUUCAGCGGUACUCAAGAUCUCGUACCAUCACAGCCACGCGGACGGGCCGUUGCGAGUUGUGGGGAUAGCUUCCCUAGCAUGGCGUCACUUCUGCAGAAGCGACCUGGAUUGAAUCAUCAAACCUGUGGUUGAGUUGGAGGAAGUUGAUAUGGAACGAUUCGAAGUUGUACUACCUAAGUAGAUAUUGGUAGGUGGGUAGGUAGGAGGUAAGUUAAGACGUGAUGAGCCAAUCAACGAGACUACUAGGUACUCAUAUAACUGUAAUCGGUGUAACAACACCCCGGCCCUGUCAACCAAGAAUAUAUCUCACGAUUGACUCUUAGAAGCACAAAGAUAGCUCAUCAGUUGAAUCGGUCGACGAACUUAUCACUACCAUUGAAAUUGUAUUAGCUGAUACUCCCACAAGUACACAAUUUUGAUUACAAACACUCUCGUCAUGCCUUCGACCGAAAGUCAAUCAGAUGCCGCUCAGCGCAUGUACACUGAACGAGCAACCGACUACGAGGAUUCUUGGCAUCCCGACUACAGCAAACGGUUCAUGGAACUUGUUCCCAUCAAAUCCGGCGAUCGCGUUCUCGACCUCGCCUGUGGAACUGGCCUGGAGGCUGUCAUUGCAGCAAGGCACGUCGGCGAUGAUGGGAUUGUCAUUGGUGUCGACAUAACUGAAGCGAUGCUCUCGGAAGCAAGCAAGAAACUGGAUCACGACGAAACAUUGUAUCGUCGCAUUAAACUUGUUCGACACAGCGUCACUGAUUUGACCGGUUGUCCAAAUGUAGACAGGGACAGCUUUGAUCUCAUUCUAUGCUCAAAUGCCUUUGUUCUGUUUGAAAAUCCAGAGGAAGUUGUCGCCCAUUGGCGGGGGUAUCUCAAGCCAGGCGGCAGAGUUGCCAUCGACAUCACUCAUGAGUAUAAUCUUCGCUCGGGCCUGCUAUUAGAGAAAGUCGCUCGCCGAUUGGGCAUGCCAUUCCCCUCCAACCGAAGCUGGAUCAAGUCUAAAGAGUCUUUUAGUGAGAUAUUGGAAAGUCGUGGUUUCGUGGUUGAAAAGGUUGAGGCUUUGGAAAAGAUUGUUGGACUUGGCUCAACGUAUUUCGGUCUCGACAAGGCAGAUGAGCAGUUUGACUACGUUGUCAAUGGCCCUCUGACUGCCUCAAUUGUAACGGAAGAAUUGAGAGUCAAAGGAAGAGAAUAUUUCAAGGAAGAGUGGCACAAUGCUGCAGUGGAUGGCAAGGUUGAGGUAUCUGAUAUUCUCUACGUCUAUAUCGCCAGGAAGAUUUGAUAUACGAGCGUUCCUGAAUAUCUUUAAAUCUAUCUCACAUUUUUGCCUUGACUUUCUGAGCCUUUGGUUCAACGGGCAUCCUUGGAUGAUCACCAGCGAGCUUCAACCCAGUCACUCUCUCCAGCUCAUCAACAGCCUCGAAUGCUCGACCAAGGUUCACCUUGAUUGUUUGCAGUCCUUGUCUGCGUGCUUCCUUCAAAUUCUCCCCGAUGUCAUCGAGAAAAGUUACUUCCUCUGCCUUGAUACCAACCUCCCAGCUCAAGCUUUUCCCCCGAGCUGAAUGAGCAUUGGCUUUCGCGAAUUCGUUUACUCGGUCGAGAGCAAGCUUAUACAUGGCCGGAUCUGGCUUUCGGAUUCCAACAUGGGCGGAAGAAAUGAAGACAUCAAAUAUCUGCCGCACAGGCUCGUCAAAGAAAUGGUCAAGGUGGAGCUUAUGGCCAGGCGGAAAGAUGACGGUAUUACUCAGAGCUGCGAGAAUGAAUCGCCCAUCCCCCUUCAGCUUUUUCAAUGCUGGGAACAUCCAUGGGUCGGGGUUGUUAGAAACCGUCAUCAUCUCGUUGAAAAGCCAUUCUGCAUCGACUGAAGGAACUGGAGGGGUUUCCUUUGGGAGACUGGGAUUUUUGCUUUGCUCUCGCUUGUAGAAGGUCUCCCAUCUAAUGGGAUCAUGAAGGUCUUGACUGAAACCCCUGAAGAAUUCUUCAUUCAUCUCGAUUUCUCCUUUUUCCAAUCGAUGCCAGAAGCCAUUGGGGGCAGUCCUGGAUAUUGAAUAGUUGACCCACCCUGGAGGGAUCCCCAGGCUUAACUCAUAAUCGAGGAUUGCUUGGAAAGGGGAAACGACCUGGAGGAGUCAGUAAUUAUGUAUGUGGGAUAGAUGACUACAUGUCUAGAGUCGAGACGUCCAGAGGAUUGAGAAGCAAAGUGUAAUCGGCGGUAAACAUCAUGUCUUGAAUCACUUACACAGACACCCCCUAUAUCGAACAACAGAACUUUGGGC